AUGGAAAAGAUUGGCGCACUUUUUCCAAUACAUCAUCAGAUAACAGGAGCGGAAGGAUGUGGCCAAAUAUGGGAGCAGUAUGGCAUACAGCGGGCCGAAAUCGCACUUAACACUGUUAUCGAAAUGAAUAACCAUUUGCCAUUUCGAUUAGGCAUUAGUAUACGUGAUUCAUGUUGGACAGAAAGGAUAGCGAUGGAACAAACUAUCGCUUUUCUCAGAGAAGGUGUAGCUCAGUGCUCAUGUUGUCAAAUACCUGGUUGUCAGAAGAAGAGCACACCGGUUGUUGCAGUUGUUGGACCUGCAAAAAGUUCGACGACCAUCGCUGUACAAAAUUUACUUCAAGUCUUUCGAAUCCCUCAAAUAGGUUAUGGUGCUACAACAACAGAUUUGUCGGAUAAAGAGCAAUUUCGAUAUUUUAUGCGAGUUGUUCCAUCUGAUGCAUGGCAAGCUCAAGCGAUCCUAAAAAUUUUGCUGCGCUUUAAAUGGAAAUACGUAGCUGUUGUUUAUUCUGCUGGAAAUUAUGGCGAAAAAGGUUUCGAAGAGCUGGAAAGGCUCAAAGACAAUAAUAUCUGUAUCGCAUAUUCCGAAAAAGUUAAGAGUUUAGCGGAGCCGGUGGAAUUUGAUAAGAUCCUCGCUUCAAUAUGGAAACAAAAAUCGAGACCGCAAGUUAUUGUAUGCUUCUGUGAAGGACGAACAAUGCAUGAGAUGUUCAAAGCACAACGAAGGUUACGAAAAGAUAAUCCAUCAAUAAAACCUUUUCAGUGGAUUGGUAGCGAUGGUUGGGCAGACCGACUAGAUGUAGUUGAAGGAGUUGAGCAAGAAGCAGCAGGAAGCUUUUCUAUAAGGAUUCAUUCUCCAAAUGUCGAUUGGUUUGAUGAUUAUUAUUUUUCACUGAAACCAGAAACAAAUGUGCUAAAUCCUUGGUUUCGAGAAUUUUGGGAAGAGAAGUUUAAAUGUCAACUGACUGUUCCCAAAGAUGAUUUAAUAACAAAAGUAUGUACAGGAAAAGAAAAUCUUACUAUGAACUAUAAACAGGUCCAGCUUUUUUAUUUUCCAGAAGAUUUUGAUCUUUCUGCAGUAAAUAUAUUGCAGGAUGCAAAGCUAAGCCAAGUGGUUAAUUCAAUUCGUGUUGUUGGACUAGCACUUCAAACCAUGUAUAAUGAUCGUUGUAGAGAUAAUACAACAAUUUGUACCGAAAUGUUAGCAAAUAAUGGAACUUUAUUAUAUCAAUAUCUAAUCAAUGUCACAUUUAUUGAUCAAUUUCAACAAGAAAUGUAUUUUGAUGCAAAUGGGGAUCCACCCGCAUGGUAUGACAUACUUAAUUACAUUGGUGAAAAAGAAGGAUUUCGAACGGUUGGACAUUUUCGGAAAAAGCGUGGCGAUCGUUAUCAGUUACGAAUGUCUACAAAACAAAUAGUUUUUUACGAUUUAAGUAACAAGGCUCCUGAAUCUGUAUGCAGCAAACCUUGUGGAAUUGGUCAAAGGUUUCAGCAACGUGAAACUAUGGCAUGUUGUUGGAUUUGUGAAAAUUGUUUGCCACACCAAUUUGUUAAUUAUACGAUAAAUCGUUGCCAAAACUGUACUCUUGGAUUCUGGCCUAAUAUUAAUCGCACAGGUUGUUUACCUUUACCACAUGAAGCUUUGUUAUGGACAUCAUCUGGCGUGUUGCUCGCUUUCAUUUUCGCAUUCUUUGGAAUUAUAACAACAUUUUUGACUACUUUUAUUUUCCUUAGACAUAAUCAUACACCUGUUGUCAAAUCAACAACACGCGAGCUAUCCUAUAUUAUUUUAAGCGGUAUCACAGCUUGUUAUUCAACAACAUUUGCAAUAUUAGCCCGGCCGUCUUUCGUGACAUGUUUCAUGACUCGGACAAUACCACCGAUAGCUUUUUCAAUCAUAUAUUCGGCACUAUUGACGAAAACAAAUCGAAUCGCUCGAAUUUUAGCUGGAAGCAAGAAACGAAUAUUGACCAAAAAACCAAGAUUUUUAAGUACUUCAUCCCAAGUAAUUAUUACGUGGUUAUUGGUUGCUAUUGAAUGUAUAAUCGUUGCUGCUGGUGUGAUCCAAGAAAUGCCUUAUGCAGGAUUUGAUCCAUAUUAUCAACCUAGAAGAAUGGUUCUUACUUGUUCAACAACCACUUUUGCAUUUCUCUCGCCCUUCCUAUGGAACUUAUUCCUUAUAACUUUAUGUACUUUGUAUGCAUUUAAAACUCGAAAUUUGCCAGAGAAUUUCAAUGAAGCAAAAUUUAUUGGUUUUACAAUGUAUUGUACAUUGGUUGUUUGGACAGCUUUCAUAGUACUACAUCUCGGAACAACCAAUAAAGCUUUAACAAUGAGCUUUUCAUUCAAUGUGUCAGCCAGUGUUGCGCUUGCUUUGCUUUUCUUUCCAAAAUUGUAUAUAAUAAUAUUCCAUCCGGAAAAAAACGUUCGAGCAAGCUAUGCAACAACGAAACUGAUUCGUUGUCAUUUUGGAAAUUCGCAAGGAAUGGAUAGUAAAAAUAUGUCAUCAAUUUCGAAAUUACGAACAAGCCAACAGUCAUUUUCAAGCCAUCCAACAAGAACAGCAUCAAUACAUGUAAGCCAAAGUCCAUCCCAGGAUGCAUCUACACAAACAGAUUCGAAUAAUUCGUCCUUUGCUCGAACAUUUUCAGUACUGGGUGGUAAACGCGGGUCGAAAAUGAUCAAUGAUGAUGUUAUGCAGUUAAUCGAGUGUUGUAGACGAUAUCAAGAUGAGAAAUUUCAAAGAAUAACGAGUUUGUUGCCGGAAGAACCAGAAGAUGACGAAGUCAGCAACCUUUUAGUCGAAUCGAUUGAAAAAUCUAUGCGGACUGUUCUCAGUACUGUCGCAAGACGACCACUUUGUGGCAAUCCACCUAUUCAAGAAGAAGGCCUGGAACAGGUUUGA